GCAAUUCCGCUAGCUUUGUCUGACACUUUAUUGGAUUGCAGUACGACAUCCCGCAGCCUCACUUUCACCCGAUUGGUCCGUAAUGCGGAAGUUUCAACUUUUACGCUCGCGUGAUUGGCUGUCAGUCGUGUCAAUAUCAUCCACAGCAAAAAUUUGUCUGCGGGUUUCACUUUGACUGUGACACGAGAAUGCCCUUCCUUUGCCUCUUGGAUGCCCACGGGUAACAAGACAGAUGAGGGAACAUUGAAAAGCUGAAUCUCCCCCCCCCCCCCCGAGCCCGGCUCAUCCUGGUGCUUCAGGUGAACCCUUUUGGCUUUUCUCAAGAGAGCCGUUCCCUCUCGUGUCCGCCAGGGAUGUCCAUGAGAAGUACGCAGGGCAUGUCCAUCGCCCAGGCGUUGGCCAUGACUGUGGCUGAGAUACCAGUCUUCCUCUAUUCCACAUUUGGACAGUCCAUCUUCUCCCAGCUGAGGCUGAGCCCGAGUUUGAAGAAGGUGCUCUUCGCCACAGCGCUGGGCAGCGUGGCUUUGGCGCUCACCGCCCACCAACUCAAGCGGCGCGGCAGGAAGAGGAAGCAGGUGGUCCAUUCCAAGGAACCCCAGGCGCCGGUCGGAGUGCCCGAGGCAUUACUUAGGACGGGGAGGCCGUCGUCCUUGAAGAGAGGCCCGCUGUCAGGCCGGCAGGCGAUGAGCCCCAGCACCCGCAGCAAUGACACACUGAGCGGCAUCUCAUCUCUCGCGCCGAGUAAACAUUCAAGUUCUUCACACAGCUUGGCAUCUAUGCGGGUCGCGACCUCCCCGAAUCAGUCGGUCAAUCCACCGACGCCUUGGGAGGCCGAAGAGACUGCAGAAGGGCAGACGGCCGCCGUUGAAGAAGCCAAUGCGGAGAAUCUCUAUCUAAUGGGCAUGGAGCUUUUCGAAGAAGCCCUCCACAAAUGGGAGCAGGCGCUGCACGCGCGCCAUGCCCGCAGGAAUUUGAGCAGCAGCAACAGCAGCUUGACGCUGCAGGGGGCGAUGGCCGGAGACGCGACAGAGGCGCAAAACAAAGUGUUUGCCGACAAGCUGGAGACGCUGCUGCAUCGUGCGUAUCACCUGCAGGAGGAUUUUGGCGGCAGCAUUCCUGCUGACAGCGUUCUAGCUGACUUUGAGAGCGAAGGAACGCUCAUUUUACCCCCGCUGGAGAGUUUCCAGCUGCUGCCUGAUGAUGACGCCGCUACAGUCUCGUCGGACGACUCCUUCUUUUCUGCCGUGGAGAUGUUUGACACCAUCUCAUUACAAGACCCCUACCAGCUCCUAAAGCCUGCCCCGCUCUAUGAGGAAGCUUUGGCUCGUGUCAGAGAAGAACGGGUGGCCUACAGGUCGCUAAGGACUGAACUACUUGAAUGUUACGGGGACCACGAUUUCCUGGCAAAGCUGCACUGCGUGAGACAAGCAUUCCAGAUGCUGUUGUUAGAUGAGACUCACCGCACAUUCUUCAUGGAGACGGGCAAGCAAAUGAUAGCCGGCCUAAUGGUGAAGGCCAACAAGAGUCCUAAAGCAUUUCUGGAAAGCUAUGAGGACAUGCUGCUAUACACUCAGAGAGAAGAGACGUGGGCCGUCACCAAGAUGGAACUGCAGGGUCGAGGGGUGGUGUGCAUGAGCUUCUUUGACAUAGUGCUGGACUUUAUCCUGAUGGAUGCCUUUGAAGACUUGGAGAACCCGCCCUCGUCAGUGGUGGCCGUGCUGAGGAAUCGCUGGCUCUCGGACAGCUUUAAAGAAACGGCUUUGGCGACGGCUUGCUGGUCCGUGUUGAAGGCCAAAAGGCGUCUCCUUAUGGUUCCCGACGGCUUCAUUGCCCACUUCUACACCAUAUCGGAGCAUGUGAGCCCUGUUCUAGCCUUUGGCUUUUUAGGCCCCAGGCAGCACUUGAGUGAAGUGUGUACGAUAUUCAAGCAACAAAUUGUGCAGUACCUCAAGGACAUGUUUGAUCACGACAAGGUACGCUUCACCUCAGUGCAGUGCCUGGCCGAGGACAUCUUAAAACUCUCGCACCGCCGCAGCGACAUCCUACUGGGCUACCUGGGCAUCGACGGCCUCCAGGAGCUCAACGGGGGCCCGGCCGGUGACAUGCAGGGACCCCACUAAACUCGGGUGCUAUUCAUUUGUUGGGUUACCAGAUACUAUCAACAAAUCCGUCACGGAACGAAGAACGUGUCCGAUGCGGGAUCGGCAGCUGCUCCGCGGUCACCUUCAUGCAUAAGUGCGCGUUAGCAUUUUUUUUUUCUCAAAAUAUUAAAUAUUUUGACCUCAAACUCUA